AGGCCGACUGUCCUCGGCGUGCAGGAUAGAGCUGAGACUCUAUCUGCGCCCCGGCUUGUCCCCAACCCGAAACCCCAAGAGCGAGCGAUAGGCGGGCUCGCUCCGGUGACUGGAGGCUCACAGGUUGGGGCCACCCUGCGCGGGAAGCCAGGUGUGCAGGGAAGAAAUCAUGCAGGCAUUUCUAAAAGGUGCAUCUGUCAGUACUAAACCACCGUUUACCAAAGAUCGCGGAGUAGCUGCCACUGCAGGAAGCAGCGGAGAAAACAAGAAAGUCAAACCUGUCCCAUGGGUGGAAAAAUAUCGCCCAAAAUGUGUGGAUGAAGUUGCUUUCCAGGAAGAAGUAGUUGCAGUGCUGAAAAAGUCUUUAGAAGGAGCUGAUCUCCCUAAUCUCUUGUUUUAUGGGCCACCUGGAACUGGUAAAACGUCCACUAUUUUAGCAGCAGCUAGAGAACUGUUUGGGCCUGAACUGUUUCGAUUAAGAGUUCUUGAGUUAAAUGCAUCUGAUGAACGUGGAAUACAAGUAGUUCGAGAGAAAGUGAAAACUUUUGCUCAACUAACUGUGUCAGGAAGUCGUUCAGAUGGGAAGCCAUGUCCUCCUUUUAAAAUUGUAAUUCUGGAUGAAGCAGAUUCUAUGACCUCAGCUGCUCAAGCAGCUUUAAGACGUACCAUGGAGAAAGAGUCUAAAACAACCCGAUUCUGUCUCAUCUGUAACUAUGUCACUCGAAUUAUUGAACCUCUGACCUCUAGAUGUUCAAAAUUCCGCUUCAAACCUCUGUCAGAUAAAAUUCAACAGCAGCGGUUAUUAGAAAUUGCUGAAAAGGAAAGUGUCAAGAUCAGCAGUGAGGAAAUAGCUUAUCUUGUUAAAAUAUCAGAAGGAGACUUAAGGAAAGCCAUCACAUUUCUUCAAAGUGCUACUCGAUUAACAGGUGGAAAUGAGGUUGUGGAAAAAGUGAUCACAGACAUUGCUGGGGUAAUACCAGUUGAAACCAUUGAUGGGAUAGUAGCUGCAUGCCAGAGUGGGUCCUUUGAUAAACUAGAAGCUGUGGUCAAGGACUUAAUAGAUGAAGGCCAUGCAGCAACUCAACUUGUAAAUCAACUCCAUGAUGUGAUUGUAGAGAAUAACCUUUCUGAUAAACAAAAGUCCAUCAUAACAGAAAAACUUGCUGAUGUGGAUAAAUGCCUAGCAGAUGGUGCUGAUGAACACCUGCAGCUCAUCAGCCUUUGUGCAACUCUGAUGCAGCAAUUGACUCAGAACAGCUAAACAUAGUACUCAUCUGGAUCAUACAGCUUUGCAUAACUACUUGAUAAGAAACUAAUAAAUGUUUUUGUAGCACUCUA